AAAUACAAAAAUAAACUGUAAAAAAUUCAAGAGGAAAAUCCCCCCACCAAACGAGCCCUUACGUCGUCCGUUAUAAUGCAGCCUCCUUGAAAAUGCCUCCACCUACAACCUACAGCCGUCGUCACUCCCAUUUCCUAUUAUCUUUUCUAUUCCACCAACUACUCCCCAUUUUCCCUCUACCGCACUCAUCCAUGGAAGCUUCAGCAGCUCUCCCUCGCAUAGGUCUCGCGGGUCUCGCCGUGAUGGGUCAAAAUUUGGCCCUCAACAUCGCCGAGAAAGGCUUCCCCAUCUCCGUAUACAACCGCACCACCUCCAAGGUCGACGAGACCCUCCACAGGGCCCAUGAGGAGGGCCAACUUCCGCUGUUUGGCCAUUAUACUCCUCGCGAUUUUGUACUCUCCAUUCAACGCCCUAGAUCAGUCGUCAUCCUCGUCAAGGCUGGCUCUCCUGUCGACCAGACCAUCGCCGCUCUCUCCGACCAUAUGGAGCCUGGCGACUGCAUCAUCGAUGGUGGGAACGAGUGGUACGAGAACACUGAGCGACGCAUCCAGGAAGCUGCUCAUAAUGGUAUUCUCUAUCUGGGUAUGGGCGUUUCAGGUGGAGAAGAAGGCGCCCGUCAAGGGCCUUCUUUGAUGCCCGGUGGGUCUUAUGAAGGGUAUAGCAACAUCAAGGAUAUACUUGAAAAGGUUGCCGCGCAGGUGGAAGAUGGACCCUGUGUUACUUACAUUGGAGAAGGGGGUUCCGGCAACUUUGUCAAGAUGGUUCAUAACGGAAUCGAGUACGGUGAUAUGCAGCUGAUUUCAGAAGCAUACGACGUAUUGAAACACGUCGGGGGACUGUCAAAUGAGGAAUUGGGUGAAAUUUUUGCGGAGUGGAACAGAGGGGAGUUGGAAAGUUUCUUAAUUGAAAUUACUUCUGAUAUUUUCAGGGUUAAGGAUGAGCUUGCAGAAGGGGAUUUGGUGGACAAGAUUUUGGACAAAACCGGCAUGAAGGGGACAGGGAAAUGGACGGUGCAGCAGGCUGCUGAGCUUUCUGUGGCUGCGCCCACCAUAGCUGCUUCAUUGGAUUGCAGAUACUUGAGUGGAUUGAAGGAAGAAAGGGAGAGUGCAACUGAGGUAUUGAAAGAAGCUGGAUUGAAGGAGGAAGUAGGAUCAGUAGCCCAUGGAAUUGAUAAGAGAAGGUUGAUUGAUGAUGUAAGACAAGCACUUUAUGCAUCCAAGAUAUGCAGUUAUGCUCAAGGAAUGAACUUGCUGAGAGCUAAGAGUGUUGAAAAGGGGUGGAAUUUGAAUUUUGGAGAGCUAGCCAGGAUUUGGAAAGGUGGGUGCAUUAUAAGGGCUGUAUUUUUGGAUAGGAUCAAGAAAGCUUACCAGAGGAAUCCAAAUUUGGCUAGUUUGGUUGUAGACCCUGAGUUUGCAAGGGAGAUGGUACAGAGGCAGGCAGCUUGGAGGAGAGUUGUAGGGUUGGCUAUCUCUGCUGGGAUCAGCACUCCGGGAAUGUGCGCCAGUCUUGCCUACUUCGAUACCUACAGGCGUGCAAGACUCCCAGCUAAUCUAGUGCAGGCGCAGAGGGAUUUGUUUGGGGCACAUACUUAUGAGAGGAUUGAUCAUCCUGGGUCGUUUCAUACUGAGUGGACAAAGCUAGCCCGGAAGAGUAAGGCUGGUGUUGGUGCGCUUAAUUGACCUCUAUGACAGUUUUUGUUUCCCGCUUGUUUCAAUUGGGUGUUACCGUGUUGGUGUUUUGUUUCCUAUGCUGGCAUAGCAAUUACUGUUCAACCUUGCAACUUUUGCUGCUAAUAAGAAAUGCAUGCUUUUUUU